AAACAGUGCAGCGCUGGUUCAGCAGCUGAUUUCUUUCUUUCUUUGAAGUGUAAACCUAUGUUCUCCUCAGAAACGCAUGUUGCGAAAAAGCUCAGAAACUCAGCGGAUGUUGUCGCUCUUGGAGCCUCAGGUGUUCUCCAUCCUGGAGACACUCAUGAAGGCCACUGUGCACAAAAUGGGCAGAGUUCUGGAUGAAUCUCUGUUGAAGUUUACAGAGAGCGAUUCUCUCAGCACAGCGGCCGAGUUUAAGGCUCAGCUGAAUGCUGUCCUAGAAAUGCAAGUAAAGGAAGCGGUAGAGAAGAUCUGCAGGCUCUUCAGUGACACCUCAGCAGUUUUACAUCUGCAUUUAACUCAAAGUCAGAUUGCACGCAAUAACCUCAAGAGGAAACAGAAGCCGGUGGCAAAAAGACAUAAAACUGUGUCAAGAAGGAAGCAAGAACUUCAUGAAAUACCCAAAUGGCAUCAAACAGCCUAUGAGGAGACAAUAUCUGAUGUCUCACAAAGUUGGAGAGGAGAGGAGCACCAAAAUAUUGAGAAACCUGAGAUCGUAAUUACCUCAGUCUCAACAGUACAGCAGACAACCAGAAUGGGUGAAUGUAUGGACAUUGAAGAAGAGGGGCCAGAACAGAGCUUAGAGAAUGCCAUCGACAAUGGAAAAUCAGGGGAAAACAAUGAAGAAGAAAACAUCUGCAGGUCAGAAGAGGUUGACGUUCCUUCUGAAAUGGUAUGGAAGGAAGCAAAUGCACUUGCAGCUUUAAAUGAUGUGAGACAGACAAGGCAUAUAAAGGCACAAACUAGAUACUGGAAAAGAGAAAGUAAGCUCAGUUGUAAGAACUGCAAAAGAACCUUCAGCAACUUGAUUCAUCUUAGAGCACACCAGGCUCUACAUGCUGCUGUGGAGAAACCCCUUAGCUGUUGCCAAAGUGGCAAGACUUUCAUUCAUCAGAGGCAUCCAAGAAAUCGUGAAAGGCUUUGUAGCAUGACAAGAUGCGCAAAAGGUAAAACUUACGUGGAGAUCUGCAAAAGACCUCAUUCUCUUCAGAAACACAUGAUGGCAAACUCAGUGAAGAAGCAGCAUAGCUGUGACACAUGUGGGAAGAGCUUUGCCUGUCUUUCUAAUCUGCACAGACACCAGAGGAUCCAUACAGGGGAGAAACCGUUUACCUGCCAGACAUGCGGGAGAAGUUUCAACCAGCUGAACACACUAAAGUCUCACGAACGAAUUCACACAGGUGAGAAACCUUAUGUGUGCAAAUCAUGUGGGAAAGGGUUCAGCCAGCCCAAUGGGCUGAGGCUACACGACGGCCGGCACAUGGGACAGAAUGGCUUCAGCUGCGUCGCCUGUGGGAUGGUGUCAGCUUGCAUGACCUCUUUGGAGAUGCACCUUAGGACUCACCUGGAGGAGACCGUCUCAUGUAGCAUCUGUGGAGAAAGCAUCAGUUCUCUGAACAGCCUACAGAAUCACCAGAAUCAACAUGGUGGUAGCAAAUCUCACAGAUGUGGCAUCUGUAAAAAAUCCUUCCGAAGUGCUGGCAACUUGAAAAUUCACGAAAGGACUCAUACUGGAGAAAGGCCCUAUAGCUGCGCAGUGUGCGGCAGGACGUUCACCCAACAGAACAGCCUCAAAUCUCACCAGCUGUCCCACACUGGGGAAAGGCCUUUCAGCUGCGAUGUGUGCAGCAAAGGCUUUUCCUCUGCAGGGAAUCUCCGCAGACAUCAGCGCGUACACACUGGACAGAAGCCUUACAGCUGUAAUGUCUGUAAGCGCAGUUUUACCCAGCUGAACACGCUAAAAGCUCACAUGUAUGUACACACAGGCGAGAAACAGUACACUUGUGACAAAUGUGGUAGGAGUUUUGGUUAUCAGAGAAACUUGAAAAGCCAUAAAUGUGCAUAUGACCAGUGAAAUUUUCUCCUAUUCUCCAAAAGUCAGUUACUGUGCAAAAGUCAAAGUUCACCCUUUAUUUAUUUAAUUUCCAGUUAAAAUGGCCAUAAAGUACAAGUGAAAAUGAAAAUAAGUGACAGGAGUUUACAAAACUGGAGAAAAUAGGGCUCUUAACAACAAGACCUGGUAGCCCCCUAAAACUGUUACCAUCAGAGAAGCAGUACUUUCAUCUUUGAGAGUGAAGAGAAAAUUCACUCUUCACUCUUGCUUCAGAAAAAUAUUUGUCCAUCCUUCCACUGUGAGAAGACAACUCGGCGCUAUGGGUCUGAAGGGAUGUGUAGCUGCCAGGAAGCCCUUACUGAGAAAAGUAAAUUGUCAAAACGGUAGAAAAUUUGGCAAAUCAAACAAAGAACAAUGGACUGUCCACCCCAGAGUCCAGACCUCAACUUCACUGAAUGUGUUUGAGAUUACUCGAAUCGUAAGAGGCAGAAAAUGCAACCGACUUCUAAGACUAAUCUUUGGAGGUGUGGGAAAAUAUCUCUGCAGAUUUCUUUGAAAAACUGAAAGCAACUUUUGUAGGACUGCGAACUGCAUGUCUGAAUCAUCACACUUGCCUCAAACCACAGUGAGUGGUUAAGUAAUCUCAAAUAGAAUUGCUUAUGUAGUUCCUAAAAAACAUGGCGUAAUAUUGUCAAUGAAUAAAAGUGGGUGUAAUUAUCCUCAUAACUCCAGAUGCCAAAAGUCUCUGCUGAUCAACUAUGCUGAUAUACUAUGGUAUAAGAGGAAAAUUGUGUACUUUAUAAAGGGGCCUAAACUAGAGUUUAAUAUGCUAUUCGUCAUUUUAUGCAGUGUUAAGAAAGAUCUUUAAUCAACACUGAAUGCCAGUCACAAGUUUGUUACCGUUUCAGUCAGAAAAAUCGAGCCAAACUGAGGAAAAAAAAGAAAAACAUUUUUUAAACAGCUCACCCCAAAAAUCUACACCAAGCAGUUGUAAUUUUUCAAACACUCCUCCCACCUUCCCAAAAUAUCCCCAAUAAGGUCUUUUUCCUAAUAUUUAAACCAGAAAAUCUCACUCUAGAGACUACUGUGGCACUGCUGUAGGAUAUGAAAGGGUGCAUAUACAUGUAACUAUGUUUUUCAUUUUGAUCAUUUGGCCCUAAUUUUUGGCUGAACCAUCACUUUAAAAUUAGGUGACUGACUGAGAGGGACCGUACUGAAUUAUGUUGCUCACUGGGUACUUAAAAAUACCAGCUCCUUAGCUCUAAUGUCAGUUUUAUUAGAUAGUUUGUGAAUAAUUACAUGAAAUUCAAGUCAGUUUUUCGUCUUUUUAGUUGGAGGCCUGUGUUUGCAAUAAAAUGGUUCAACAGCAUGUUGGUAAUGAAUACCCAACAAAUAUUCUUAAUCUUUUUCCACUAUCCAAAUAAUACCUGUUCAGUGGAGGCCCUGACCAUUGAUGAAUGGGGUAAAUAAAGGCUAACUGCUAACAAAUUAUACAGAGAAACAGAUGGACUACAGUAUGGCCUGUGCAUGUACAAUAUCUGUGAUAUGGAUUUUUGACUGUCUGUGCAUAAGUUCAGGACAUUUGCUGGGCAUUCUUCAUUAAGUCUUACUACAGUUAGCUCACACAGGGUCCAGCUAAAAACACACAGACACUGACUUAAUGAAUUUUAUGUAUAUUUUCACAGCCAAAAAAUACCUGCUCUGUGGGGGUCCCAUGGGGAUCCAGGCCAUUCAUGAACAGGUUAAAAAGGGGGAUAACGGAUUUUGCAGAGAAACAGGUGGACAAUAGUCUGGAAGUAAAAUGUACUUUUGUAAAAGUUGUUUUUGGUGUUUGUGUUAUGUAAAAUAGACAGUGCAAGAACUCAGUAUACAGAAGAAGCUCCAUAGAUUCUCUCUUGACCCUUAAAGCAAGAGAAAUAUGGAAAGGAUAUAUAGUAGUUGUAUGAAUUAAUAAAACACAAAAUAGUUCUCUUUUAUAGUCUUAUGUUUUGGUUGGAAUUUGGGAAGUCAGUAAUUUAGCUUUUUACCCUUUAUUGGGGUUG